AAACGAAACACACUCUGCCUUCCGUCAUCACGCACGGCGACGUGGAUUCGCCUCGUCCAAUCAGGUGCGGAGCCCGCAGCUCAGGAACGAAGCAGCAGAUGAUAUGGCAGCUUUGAGAGCGACCAGGUGGAACUUGCUUUGUUAAAAACACACGGGCUUUAAAAAACGCGUGAGAUUAUGAAAACACUCCGUCUCGGAGACGACGGCAGCAGCGGCUCGACAUGAUUUACUUAAUAUUGAUCUCCGCGUUGUCCGGGGCCGUCGUCACGCUGCUGUUCCAGUUCCUGCUGAUCUACCGGAGGAGCCCGGAGCCCGCAGGCAGCAGGACGGUGCAGUACGUCAAAGUAGUGCCUGAUAGCGCGCUGAAGGAUUACUUUAAUAACACCCAGCAUGCAGAGCCAGGCCAGCAGCAGCAGGACGGCUCGGCAGCAGCUAAACCAGAGGCCGUGUCCAGCCGGCAGCAGGAAGCGGCUGUCAGCAGCAGCGGCAGCCCCAAACAACAACCUCCUCCUCCUCACAGCGACGGAGACGAGGCCAAACCAGAAACGUGCAAUUUCCUAAAUGCCAUCUUCUUGUUCCUGUUCAGAGAGCUCCGCGACACCCCUGUGGUCCGACACUGGCUCACCAAGAAGAUCAAGGUGGAGUUUGAGGAGCUGCUGCAGACCAAGACGGCAGGUCGCCUCCUGGAGGGACUCAGUCUCAGGGACGUGUCGCUAGGCAACUCUCUGCCGGUCUUCAAAGCCGCCAGACUCAUGAAGCCGGUCCCCCUGAACGAGGACGGCAUGCCCGACGAGCUCAACUUCGAGGUGGACAUCGAGUACAGCGGCGGCUUCCACCUGGCCAUCGACGUGGAGCUCGUGUUCGGCAAGUCCGCCUACCUGUUCGUGAAGAUGAGGCGCGUGGCGGGCAGGCUGAGGCUGCAGUUCACGCGCAUGCCCUUCUCCCAUUGGUCCUUCUCCUUCCUCGAGGACCCGCUGGUGGACUUCGAGGUGAAGUCCCAGUUCGAGGGCAGGCCGCUGCCGCAGCUCACCUCCAUCAUCGUCAACCAGCUGAAGAGGGUCAUCAAGAAGAAGCACACCUUGCCCAACUAUAAGAUCAGGUACAAGCCCUUCUUCCCGUUCCAAGUGCAGCCUCCGCUGGGUACGCCUUGUGAUCUGGACCUGUCAAUCCAGGACAGCAGGCUGGUGGAAGGUCGAUUCAAGGUCACCCUCACUGAAUGUAGCAGACUGUUCAUCCUGGGCUCCUAUGACAGAGAGACCCAUGUUCACUGCACCCUGGAGCUGAGCACCCACCAGUGGAAGGAGAAGUCUCGCAGCUCCAUCAAACACACGGAGGUCAUCAAAGGGCCGUGUGGCAGCGUGGGGAUGACGUUCAGGCACGUUCCUGCCAGCGAGGGGGAUGCAGUGCACGUCAGCAUCGAGACAGUCACACCAAACUCCCCUGCUGCCUUGGCAGACCUGCAGAGGGGUGAUCGUCUAAUCGCCAUCGGAGGUGUCAAAGUGACAUCUUCCGUUCAAGUGCCCAAACUGUUGAAGCAGGCAGGAGACAGGGUGGUGGUCCUUUAUGAGAGACCGAUUCGUCACCAGACUCCCUCUUUUGGAAGCCUCGGAACUCUUCAAGAAGGGUUUGGGCAGCUAGAGGAAACUGGUUUUAUUUCUCAUCCAGGGGGUUAUGAGGAAGACCCAGCCCCCAUUACCACCCUUUCUGACAUAUCCGACAGCAAAGACAUGGACUCUGAGUUUGAAGAGUUGAUUGUGGACUCCAAACCUAGCCAGACUGGUGGCCCUAACAGCACCACACAUACCAGUGAUACUAAAGAGGAUUCCUUACUUACAGUAAACCAAAGCCCCAAAAGGACUGUGGCCAACUUGGCCUCGAAGCCCCUUGGUACCAUAUCACCCAUCCUUAACCGCAAGUUAAACCUGGUGGGUCUCCAGUCACCACUAAAGCCCCAGCCCAAAGAAUCACCAAAGCCCUCACCACAUAAGACCAAUAGUGAUCCAGUGGAGGGUCUGCAACGCCCCACCGUCCCACCCCCACCUCCUCCUUCUCGCCCUCCAGUGCCACCAAGACCUCAGAUAAGGUUGACAUCAGCCUCCUCAGAAACCAAUCUUCUGGAAGGCACUGAUUCUGUUACAACUACUAAUGCCGCUGUUGUUCCUACCACGACUACCACAAUCAGCGCUUCUGAAAGAUCUCCAGAAAAAGUUCCUCUCACUGGAGCCAAUGAGGACAAGGCCGGCUCUGAGAAGACUUGUGUCAAACAGGCUGAGACCAAGCAGUCUACCAGGCCAGCAGAGCUCAGUGAUGAGCUGCCGGUCCCUUCCACCGGGACCAGCAGCAGCAAAGCAGAUCAAGCAAAGGACAAAGCUUCAGAGAGCUCCUGCAGCACACGGGACAGUCUAGAGGACCGAUCCCUCUGGGAAUCCCCAGAAACCAUGUUUCGUAACCAGACAGCACGCUGGCACAAGGCCUCUGUCGUGUUUGAGGUGGAGGGCAACCAUAAGUACCUUAAUGUGGCCCUGUGGUGCAAAGAUCCCUUUAAGCUGGGCAGUUUGCUGUGCCUGGGUCAUGUCAGCCUACAGCUGGAGCAUAUAGCCCUGGAAUGCAUGGCCACAUCUUCAGCAGAAUACCAGAGCACCUUUAGGUUGGGGCCUCCUGAGCCCAGAGCUAACGUCAGUCGCACUGCGCUACGCAGCCUCGGCACCCACAAGGGCUUCAAUGAGAAGCUGUGUUACGGAGAUGUCACUCUGAACUUCUGUUACUUAGCUGAGGGUGAGUUAGACUAUCCAGUAGGGCUGGCAGAAAGGGAGCGAGAGGGGAGUCUCCAUGAUGAGGAUCUAAGGGAGAGGGAGCAUAUCCCCAGUGCACAGCGUGACGACUUGGCCUACGGCGCCAUGCAGUUGGUGGAGGUUCGUCACAACUUCCAGGACACCCAGUUCCAGAACCCAACGUGGUGUGAAUACUGCAAGAAGAAAGUUUGGACCAAGGCAGCCUCUCAGUGUAUGAUCUGCGCCUACGUUUGCCACAAGAAGUGCCAGGACAAGUGCCUCACUGAAAAUCCCCUCUGUGUGGCAGCAACUGAGCGUCGCGGAGCUGACCCUGAAGCCAAAUCCACCAUUAACCGGGCCACCACUGGUAUAACGCGCCACAUCAUCAACACCAGCUCCCGCCUGCUUAACCUCCGCCAGGUGCCCAAGACUCGGCUGGUUGAGCAGGUGGUUGACGUGGUGCCUGGAGCGGUGGAGCCCUCGCCCAAGCAUACCCCCAACACUUCAGACAAUGAGAGCAGCGACACGGAGACCUACACCAGCGGCGCCAGCCCCUCCAAGCACCACGCCGGCAGCGGUGGCAGCAGUAAACUUGUGCGCAAGGAAGGUGGGUUGGAUGACAGUGUGUUCAUCGCCGUGAAGGAGAUAGGCCGUGACCUGUACCGGGGGCUGCCCACAGAUGAGCGCUCCCAGAAGUUGGAGUUGAUGCUGGACAAGCUGCAGCAGGAAAUUGACCAGGAGCUGGAGCACAAUAACGCCCUUCUGCUGGAGGAGAGGGAGGCCACAGAUGCCCGGCGCAAGGCCUUAAUUAGUACCGCCCUGGCCAAGUCUGGGGAGAGACUCCAGGCCCUCACUCUGCUAAUGAUUCACUACCGGGCAGGCAUUGAGGACCUGGAGUCGGUGGAGAGCACCUCGCCCUCAGAGCAGCAAGGCUUUAAAGGCAAAGAAGAAGGCCUGGAGGAGGAGGCGGCCCUCAUGGGGGCAGAGGUCUAUGACAGUGACAUAUGCAGCCCUGUGGAGGUGCAACUGCUGGAUGACAUUACGGAGGAGCAGAUCUGUGUGGAGGCACUCCACUAAAUAAGACUAGAAAGGAGAAAGAAGAGGAACCUGUGCUUUGGGCUCGUGCCUCACACAACACAAUUAUGUCCAGUAUGUUUUUUGACAUCGGGGGAAUUUCAGGAGUCCAAUUUGAAUAUCGGGUAUGUUGGGGGUCCAGUGUUUGAUUCACACGUUUUUUUUUUUGUUUUGUUUUGUUUUUUACGUGAAAAAAUAAAGGAUGGGUAAAGGAAAUUUCCUCCCUAAGGAUUCAUGUUAUCGAUGUUUUGAUUUGCACAAUAUGAUGGCGUUUCCAUGCUCUUGGUUUUUAAAGGGAAGCUUGAGAGCGACACUAUUAAUCUGCCCUCAGUAGUUGCUGCAUGUGUAUCCUCCAGUUUUUGUUUUUGUUUUCUGUAGCUUUAAAAUGUCAUUGUGAGCAAUUCAUUCAGUUUUGCUUUCUUGUCUGUAACAGCUUUGACAUAAGGACUUAAAGAAAAUGUACACAUCUCUGUGGUCUAAUCAUCUUAACUUUCGGGAAGGAAAAUAAUUGUUCAAUAUUUGUUUGCUGUGAGUAACAAGCCCAUAUGAAGGUGAAAUAUUUGAGUGUGAAUACUACCAGAGAAAAGCAGAUUUCGACAUCCACCUCAGAUGAACAUGUAUUUUGUCUAAGGACCCUGUAAGCGGUCAUGCAUAUCUUUUUAUUUUGAGCAUUUUAUUUACUGUAAUAUAUUUGGAUUUUAGAAGUGACUCUCCCUGCUCACAAAGCUCAGCCAGCUGCAUAAUUAUUAGUGGAAUCUUAUAUAUAGUUUGCUUUCUUUUUGGUGUAUUUGUUUGUAUUGGUUAGGCCAAACCUGUUUUAACAUAGUUAUUUUUGUCCGUCCGUCCGUCCCCCCUCCCCCACGGGACGAUGUAAGGAGGUAAUUGUCUUGUGUUCUAAUUAAUACAUUUCUUAACCAGUUAUUAUUAUUUGUUUUGCUUUACUAAGUCAUGUUUUGUUCAGAACACUUCAUCAACAUCUAAAACUCAACUAUGGCACAUUGAUAACUGAUUUAAUGGGUGAAAUGUGAGAAAUACAUAAUGGACACAUAAUUGAGUUUUUUUUUUGGAUAGUUUCUGACUGAAUGUUACCCUGGAUCUCUCACGGUGUGAACAUUUUCCCAACAUUUAUUUCAUUUCGUUUAGUUUUUGUGCGUGUAUGUCGUAUGCAUGUGCGUGCAUGUUUGUAUGAAGAUGAUUUCCAUGCUUUAUGAUGUGAUUUAGUGCAGAUCAUUUGCCUUUUAUGAGUUGUUUUCAUGCCCAAAAUGAAUGUAUGUUCAGCCCCUUUCUGUGUUUUGUGUAUAUAUACAGCUGUUUGGCUCCGUCUUUCACCAUUUCCUUGCUUAACAUCAAGCAUUAAUGUAGCCUGUUGUAAUAAUUCUAUCAUAACCAGCUACAGCUCCAAAAUGCUGUGCUGUUCAUCUAUCUCUUAUCUUUCACACCCUCAGAGAGCCACUGGAAAGAAUUGCUUGUGAGGAAGGAAUAUAUUACUCUUACAUAUCUUGCGAAAAAUCUACCCUAAAACACAACAUUUUCUAAAUCUAUAUGGUGGUGAUGUCCUUUUUCUUUGUUUAUUCUUAUGAUUAUUUUGCCAAUCAGUGUCACGUCACAUAUUUCCAGCACAAAUAUAAAUGAGUUUGUUCGUGGUGAGUCUCAGUGAGAUUGAGUUUGAUGGCUUUCUAAAACUAUCUACAGCAGUCAGCAGGUUCUGGUAUCAGUAGUAUAGGGCCAACGUUUGAUUGAAAGUAAGCGGGCGAAAACUGCCCCUGCGUUAAAAAACGGCACGAUGAAACGUGACCCAAGAGGUCCAGUUGGAAUAAUAGAUUGAGGAGUUUGUAGGAAUGCUACACAGCGGUAAAUGCUACAAGGAAGGGUUUAAAUGAUUUGGACAGUUAGUACAAUAGUGAUCAUUUUAUCUUUGGUUGUGACGAUCGCGAGGUAAAAGUAUGAUGUUCAUGUUAAAGAGUAAUCUAUCUGGAAUUUGUGCUUGUAAAUAUUUAAUAGACCAGCACCUUGUUAUGCUGAUGAUGCUGCAUUGUAUUGAGGCAAAAGUUGAGCCCGUUUCAGCUUUUUUGCUGGACGACCCUGCGCCGACACCCCGCGCUGAGUAGCCUCAUUCCCAUUAAUAUAACUUCUAUCUGGGUUGUUUAACGUCAUUUUGGGAAAAGUAAGGUUACGGCCUCAGUAUGCUUCAAACAAAGUCCUAACAGCAUCUGAAACCUUCUGUCCAACAAUGGGAUGUGGGGCCUGUGCCCGUCAUUUUUUGAAACUUUUCCAAACAAUCCGAAUCCCCCACGUCACGCCGUUAAAUUAUGUUUUUGUUUUUUUACUCAUUUUAACUAGCUAGUAGCAGCAGUCACGGCACUUGCAGAUCAAGGGGCUAUGUGGUGUGGAAGGUGAUGAACUGAUGAGCUUGCGCACUGAUGACCUACUUCACUUCAAAAUCAGUCUCAUAUUAAUAUAUAUACAUGUGUAUAUAUAUGUGUGUAUAUAUAUAUAUACACAUAUAUAUAUUAUAUAAUAUAUAUAUAUAUAUACACAUGUUUAUUAUAAUAUAUAUUAUAUAUAUAUAUAUACAGUAUAUAUAUAUUUAUUUAUUUUAUCUUUAGCUAUUCUACCAUAAAGUACAAAAAAACAAGCUGAUGGAUUCAGCUUGUACAAAAAUGAAAAGACAUCACCCAAAACGUAUGGAACACCAGACACCAGUUGAGUGCGAGUGAUCAGAGGGUAGAUUUUUCCUUAAAUGUACCGUAACUCCGAAAGGAAUUCAUGCGACAACAAGAGAAGUAAUCAGUCGGACUCACGGGAAGCGAACGCACAUUUCCUGUUCUUGAUGUGUUGCUCAUGUAGAUAUUAUUGGCUUGCUGGCUGCUACGCUUGUCAAUCUCUCUCAAGUCUCUGUACAUCCAGAUUUUUUUUGUGCAAUAUUUUUGUAGGAAAUUAAGCUGAUGAUCAAGAAUGAAUCCCCCGUGUCUGUGGUUUCUUUCUUUUGUUAUUCUUUAAACACAUGUAGUCUGUGUGCCCACCUGUCUGCUGGUAGUGUUGACCUGAGAGGGCCGGCCUGAGAAGCACUGCUUUUACUGCUGCUGCUGCUGCUGCUGUAACAAUGCCCCCCUCACACCCCACCCCCCACACCACCACCACCACCACCCUGCUCUAACCUUUGAAACUGCACUUGCCACCACGGCUUUCAGCAGGUCGAGAUGGUGUUUGUUUGUCUUUGUGUAUGUGAGGGGUGUUGUACACAGUUUUCAAAAGGCUCAUGUGAUGAAGCUUUAUUGUACAUAACCUAAAUAAACAAGCUCAAAUGAA